AUCUCUGAUGGAUCUCCAGCUCGCCUCACUAACGCUCGGGACACUACUGAUUCUUGUGACCUCUGGACCGCGACCAUCCAUUGGACAGACGGUUUACACGAACUCAUGGGCUGUCCACAUCACAGGGGGAGAGCAGGAAGCUGACCGGAUUGCAGAGAAACAUGGCUUUGUGAACCAGGGCAAAGUAUUUGGAGAUUAUUAUCACUUCCGGCACCAUGCUGUGGAGAAGAGGUCUUUGUCAGAACACAGCGGAACACACGCACGUCUCCAAACAGAACCCCAGGUAAUGUGGGCAGAACAGCAGGUGGUGAAACGAAGGAUGAAGAGAGAUAUUUACUAUGAGCCAGUCGAUCCGAAGUUUGCACAGCAGUGGUAUCUGUACAACGGAGAACAUCGUGACCUCAACGUGAAAGAAGCCUGGAAGCAGGGCUACACCGGACAAGGUGUCGUUGUGUCCAUUCUGGAUGAUGGGAUUGAAAAAAACCAUCCAGACCUGAUUCAGAAUUAUGAUCCUGAUGCUAGCUAUGACGUUAACGACGGCGACCCAGACCCUCAGCCUCGAUACACCCAACUCAAUGACAACCGACACGGGACACGUUGUGCUGGCGAGGUCGCUGCUGUCGCCAACAAUAACAUCUGUGGCGUCGGGGUGGCAUACAAUGCCAAGAUUGGAGGUGUGCGGAUGUUGGAUGGUGAGGUCACAGAUGUGGUGGAAGCUCAGUCCCUCAGUCUCAACUCACAGCACAUCGACAUUUACAGCGCCAGCUGGGGACCAGAAGACGACGGCAAAACGGUGGAUGGACCGGCAAAAAUGGCCAAGGAGGCUUUCCUGCGUGGGGUGACAGAGGGUCGUGGUGGACGUGGCUCCAUCUUCGUGUGGGCCUCGGGGAAUGGCGGACGGGAGAAGGACAGCUGUAAUUGCGACGGCUACACCAACAGCAUCUACACGCUGUCGAUCAGCAGCAGCACGCAAAACGGCAAUGUGCCGUGGUACAGCGAGGCCUGUUCAUCUACACUCGCCACAACCUACAGCAGUGGAGGUCUCACUGAGAAACAGAUCAUCACUACAGACCUCAGGCAGAAGUGCACAGACUCCCACACAGGCACCUCCGCCUCGGCCCCUCUGGCCGCUGGAAUCAUCGCCCUCGCACUGGAGGCCAAUAAGAACUUAACCUGGAGAGACAUGCAGCAUCUGGUCGUGAGGACGUCCAACCCUUCCCACCUCUCCACCAAUGACUGGAAGACAAAUGGAGUGGGCCGUCGAGUGAGCCAUUCUUACGGAUACGGGCUGUUGGACGCUGGGGCCAUAGUAGCUCUAGCGAAGAACUGGACGAAUGUCGGACCUCAGCAGAAGUGUGUCAUCUCCAUUUUAACUGAGCCCAAGAAUAUUGAGAGUCAUUUGGUGAUCACCAAAAGCGUGGAUGCUUGUGGCGGGACUCCGAACUUCGUGAGCUCAUUAGAGCACGCCCAAGCUCAACUCACCUUGUCCUACAACCGCAGAGGAAAUCUGGCCAUCCACCUGAUCAGUCCACAGGGGACACGUUCCACAUUGCUUGCACCCAGACCUCACGAUUACUCCUCUGAGGGCUUUAAUGACUGGGCUUUUAUGACCACCCACUCCUGGGAUGAGGACCCUCGUGGAGAAUGGAGCUUGGAGAUCGAGAACGUGGCUGGAACCAGCGACUACGGCACCCUAACCCAGUUCACGCUGGUUCUGUAUGGCACUGCGCCCAGUUUACCCAUCUCUUCAGCUCCAGACUCGGGUGAGAUGAUUGACAGCAGCUGCAAAACCUAUGACCUCAAUCAGGUCUGCACAGAGUGCAACCCAGGCUUCUACUUGUACCAGAAGGGCUGCGUGAAAGACUGUCCAGCCGGUUUCACCCCAGGCACCCGUCCCGUUUUACUCCCCAACAACGAGGUGUUACCUGUCGCCCACCCCGCCUGCCUGCCCUGUCACGCCGUCUGCCUCACCUGCAGCGCUACCGGACCUCAGGACUGCAUCUCCUGCCCACCUCACAGCCACCUGGACCCCGUCACCAGCAGCUGUUUACACCAGAACCAGAUCCUUCGAGAGACUCAGGACAGCCGAACGUACGGCAGCGGCUUGCCCGUGAACCUCCGCCCGGUCCUCACCUCCAACCUACCCGUCGCAGUGGCGGUGAUCAGCUGUGCCUUCAUCGUGGCUACGUUUUGUGGCGUGUUCGGCUUGCUGCAGCUUCACUCCCGCGGCUUCGUACCGGUCUCAGCUACGGAUGGGGAAUCGGACUCCACGCGUUUGGGAUUCAGCUUCAACCGAACUGCCGUCGCCUAUAAGGGCAUUCCCAGCGUUUGGAGGGAGGACGAUGGCAAUACCGAGUCUGAUAAUGAUGAGUUUGAUAUCCACCAUGAGAGGACUGCCUUCAUCAAAACACAAAGUGCUCUUUAACCCCGUCUCGACCGCGCCCUUCCCUCUCCAGCCUCUACUGCACUGUUGUCUCUUUUUGUAGCCACCGGUGUGUUUCUUUACUGGGGUAUCUCACUUCCUGUUUCAUUCUCGAGGGUUUUUUGUGAUCUCUUCUAAUUACGAGCCAUGGUUGACAUUAAUUCACGCUCUUGACCGGUGAAAAGCUUCCAAUCGCAAGGACGGCGUGAUAUUCGCGGUGUCAACUGUGCUCAAGUCUUAAAACUACAAUAAACGUGUGAUUGUUGUUUGGCCUCUUUCAUAUUAUAAAAUGCCUAGUGAGAUUUAAAAACAAGAAGGUAAAAUGUUUGCAUACAAUAAACAAUUUUUAAUCGAUACAGUGCAACUAUGUUUAUAUGUAACGCUGGGUCUGACCCGCUGGGAGCCUUUUAGAAGAACAUAUCAAUGGUCAGGAUCUGAGGUGGAGGCCAUGUUGUGUGUUACACACACUUGUUUGUAAAGCUUUCUUCUCCCCAUAGCAUCAACACGACUACAGUUACUUUCUUUGUUUUUCGGAUGGGCCGUUCACCCAGAAAUACCAGUUCAUGUCGUUGCAAAUAUAUGCAAAAUAUCUUUUUUCCAUUCAAUGACAGCUAAUGGAGUCUAGUACGGUCAAGUCCUAAAAAUACGGAAAACGCUUCAACUUUUCGAGUUACGUAAAACCAAUCGAUUGGUUGUGUAAAAAUUAAAGAUGUUUUUUCUUUUUAGAGACAAGACCGCUCUGGUCACCAUUUGUGUUCAUAGUAUGGAAAGACAAUCAUGAUCGUUCUUUAAAGGGAUGGUUCACCCAAAAAUGUUCAUACAAAGUGUUUGUGAGCCCCAUUCACUUCCAUAAUAGGAAAAAGAAAUUUGGCACAAUAUUUUUUCAGAACAAAGAAACAUACAGGUUUGUAACAACAACUCAUUUUUGGGUGAACUAUCGCUUUAAAGGUUCUUUUUAACGGAUAUGUGAGGUUUCGUUUAGGUCCUCCAUCUCUAUGAUUUCCGAGCCAGUUUAGCAGGAAAAAACACUAGAAAAAAUCCCUCCUAGUGACGCAUCAAAUGCUUCCUUUAUAAUGCCUGUAGUGGUUAUAAUUGUACUUAAUAAGGUUCUUCGAGGUGUCCUUUGCAUAAUCCGGGUGACGUUUUUAUUGAAAGUAAUCAAAGAAAGGGCUCAAGCGACCCCUCUUUUGGGAUUUAUAGAGGUUUGACUCUUUAUUUGUUAUGAAGUCCAUCCAUCAUGUUUGUUUGAAUAUAGUCCUAUUAUUAUUUUCUGUUCUGAGUCACAUAUUCAUAAUCUGCAAGUGCUACGUCUUUUAAGAAGUCACGUAAAUGAUGUGAUGUAUUAAACGUGUGCGCUUACAGUCGGUUGUGUUCAUUUUGCUGAUAGAUGAUGUCAGGUUGAGAUUUAUCACUCUCAUGCGUAUAAAACUACACAAACUGGUCUUAAAGCUGCACAAAACAACAAAUUGUAUAAAGAUACUAUAAUACGGCCAGUUAUAAAACACUCACACCAGACUGUAGUUCACUUUUGUAACACUUGGUGCAUCAGCACGGCUCAUAAUGCGUACCAUUCAACUUUACCCUUUUAAAAAUGUAAUCAAAUAUUUCUUGCAUAUCUUCACAAUGUUGUUGUUUGUGGAUCUGGUUUUUACCUGUUCUUAAAUCAAAUCUAUUUACGUCUUCACCACAAUAACAUCAAAUCUCUGCCAUUCAAAUGGCUAUUCGUCUAAACGAUUAUUUCUUUAUCAUCUGCAUUUCUUUGCACUGUUGUUUAGCAAAAAAGUAAUGCGGAUCAUAUUAAGCCUAUGCGACGCGAUUUGUUAGUACAAAAGUGUUUGUAAAAGCCUCACUACGGUAUGUUUGUCAAGGUAUGACCAAAGACUAGAGAAUGAAAAACUGCUUUUUCUAGAGUUAAAAAAUCAUAAAACAUUCAUAAUUCAUGUUUUUUUUCUUUUGUUUGGUUUUUUUUUUUGGUUUGGGGUUUUGAAAUUUGUUUGACACACUUACGUGUGGUAAUAUUUUUACUAGGGCUGUCAAAAAAUUAAUCGCGAUUAAUCGCAUCCAAAAUAAAAGUUUGUGUUUACAUAACAUAUGUGUGUGUACUGUGUGUAAAUAUUAUGUAUAUAUAAAAACACACAGAAUAAUAUAUAUAUUUAAGAAAAAUUGGUAAUAUUUAUAUAUAGAAUAUUUAUAUUUCUAUAUUAUAUAAAUUAUAUAUAUAUGUAUAUACAGUAUAUAAAUGCAAAUAUUUCAUAAAUAUAUACAUGAAUGUGUGUGUAUUUAUAUAUACAUAAUAUUUACACACAGUACACACACAUAUGUUAUGUAAACACAAACUUUUAUUUUGGAUGCGAUUAAUCGCGAUUAAUCUUUUGACAGCCCUAAUUUUUACAUGAGCCAAACACUUGGCUUCACCUUUAUGUUGUAAUCAUGAUUUUGCUUAAAUGUCUUCGCUCACACUAAACCUUCUGGAGUCGUAGGAUUGUAAGUUCAUCUUCAGUUUUUUGUGGUUUUUACACCUUUAUGAGAGUCAACGGAUGCAUGUAGAGCCCUAAAUACAGUAAGACAUCAAUCGUUUGUAUGACUACCUUAGAUGAUGGGACAGCUAUAUAAAAAUAAGGCCUAUUUUUGUACUAUAUAUAUGGUGCAUUGUCAUUUACAUGUAAUUUAAAGAUUAUUUUGCUCUUUUUCUUCUUUUUAUUUAAUUGAUGUCAAUAUGCGAAUUAUAGAUUAUACAAAAAAUAAAAGAUCUAUGCAAACUUCA